AUGGAGGGAACUUCAUCGGCACCAACGACUUUGCCCUCUACUCCUGAAGAUAAUCGUCUCUUGGUUGACGAUUUCUUCUUUUCAGCCCUUUAUGAUGCUGAAGAAGUAUUUCCAAUUUCAGAUGAGAAAUAUGCAGAAGAGCUACAACUACAAGAAGUCCUAUAUUCCUCUACAGUGUCAAGUACUGGAGUUACAAAGGAAGUUAUUCAAAUUGAUGUAGAUGUUGACUGUGAUACCCCUUUGAGAAUCCUCAAGGGCAAACAGAAAGAGACCGGUGAAUCUUCCCAACAAGUCUAUUGUGGUAUUUGUAUGGAUGCCAAAUAUGGUGAAGAAAUGUUCAGAAACCAAAACUGCUCCCACUCAUUUUGUGAUGAUUGCAUUGGGAGAUAUGUGGCUACAAAGGUUCAGGAGAAUAUAUCAAUGGUGAAAUGCCCUCACCCCAAAUGCAAAGGGGUUAUAGAGCCUCAGUACUGUCGCUCAUUUAUCCCUAAGGAAGUCUUUGAUCGAUGGGAAGAUGCCCUAUGUGAGAAUUUGGUGCCUGGAUCACAAAAAUUUUAUUGCCCUUUUAAGGAUUGUUCUGCUAUGUUGAUAAAUGAUGCAGAGGAAAUUGUGACUGUUUCGGAGUGUCCACACUGCAACAGAUUGUUUUGUGCACAGUGCAAGGUUUCGUGGCAUGCAGGAGUCGAAUGUAAGGAGUUUCAGAAUUUGAAGGAGUACGAGCGAGAGAGGGAAGAUUUGAUGGUGAUGGAACUUGCUAAGAAUAAAAAUUGGAAAAGAUGUCCAAAAUGCAGCUUUUAUGUGGAAAGAAUCGAUGGAUAUGUGGCAAUGAAUUUUGCUAUGCCUGUGGAUCCUCUUGGAGUGGUGGUCUGCACUAUGAAUGUAGACCUCGUUAAGAAUUGCUGGAAGCAAGUGUGCAAUGUUAUUGUUUUUGAAUGA